AUAAAUUCCCUGUUUGAAACAUGAUUUAUCAUAUUUGCUAUUUAUAAAGCAAGAUAAGAAGGAGAGUAAUGUUGCCUAGAAUUGAAUGAAUAAUACCUGUAAUUUGAAUGGUAAAAGUUAAUUGUUAUCAAUAAAGUAUAAUUUUUAAUAUUAUAUGAAAGGCACUAUAAUCACCAGAAUCUUUAAUCACAAAAUUGGAUCUCUCAGCUUCCUUUUAGGGUUUUUUCGCAGAUUUAGAUAAAUAUGAUGAUUAAAAAAUAAAUAGUCUUCUAAUAGAUUUUUAGACUUUAUUUUAAAACAUAGAAAAAGCCCUAAAAGCAGUUUACAAAGAAUUAGAAUAGCAUGCAAAAGGUAUUCUAGAUAUGAAAUAGAAAA